AUGGGGGAGAAAAAUGUGGAAGAUGCACUGCAAACAUUCCUUCAAUCAUAUCGUUACACACCCAACCCUUCUCUACCGGACAGUAAAUCACCGGCUGAGGCAUUACUCGGAAGAAAAGUUCGGACAGUCUUCGAUCUAAUGAAACGACCGGAACAGCAGGUGGUACACAGCAAUGAGAAACAAAAUGCUCAAUUCAACAAGAAGCAUGGAGCCAAGCAUCGCAGUUUCGUGAUCGGUGAGGAAGUAUAUGCUGAAAUUCACAUUCGAAAUGAGAAAUACUGGGCCGAAGGAGUGAUCAUCGAGCAAAAAGGAAAUGUGGUGUACAACGUUCUUUUGGAAGACAAACGACGUCGAGGUUUGAUCCGAUCCCAUGCAAAUCAACUACGACGACGAACACUAUCGGAACCUGCAGCGAUUGAAGAUAAUACGAUUCCGUUGCAAAUACUGCUGGACGAGUUUUCAGUCACAGAACCUAUUCCAGUUCAAGAAGACGAUGGAGGUCAACGGGAGGUUUUACCAGAAGCAAACGACAACCCGCUAUCCCAGCCAGUUGAAGUUCAGCUGCAACCGUUUUUGGAUGUUCCUGGGCCUUCGAGAUUGUACGAUCGUGACCAACCAUCAACACAGCGACUGGCGAAGAAAAGGAGCAUUCCGUUCCGUGAUCCAUCCAGCAGGAAACGAAGACUCCCAUCUCACUUUGAAUAUUAUGAGAUUUAUUAA